CAAAAAUAAAAAAAAAUUUCAAAAAAAAAAAUGUGGAUUAAAUGUCGAUUAAAAUCAUCGAUUCUUUAUCGAGAAUCAUCAUCAUCAUCAUCAUCAUUAUUCACAUCGUCAUCAUUUUCAUCAUAUUUAUCAAAUCAUUCAGUGAUAAUAAUAAUAAUAAUUUCACCAAUUCUCAUGUUGUCCACUAUGAUCAAUGAAUUGGCGGCAAAUCAAACAACAACAACAACAAAGACAAUUACGCCAUUCUCAACAACGAAAAUUGUACGAAUUGAAGAGAAAAAUAUAACUGCUUAUAAUAAUAGAAAUUUAACAAUAUUUUGUCAUGCAAAUAUUGAACAUUCAAUACGCAAUAAUAAUAAUAAUAAUAAUGAUGGCCAAUCAUUAUCAUUGGAAUCAUUAAAUUUCACAACAAAUGCUCGUAUGGUACUAACAUUUAUGACAAAACCAAGAGAUAAAAAACCAUUACAUCAGAUGCAAAGUUUUCUACAUUGUCAUGAUCCUUAUCGUAAACAUUGUUAUAGUGAAUUUAAUCUAGAUCUAUCAUGUCUUGAAGAUCAAAUGACCGAUAAACAUUUGAUUAAACAACGAAAACAUUAUGAAGUUGAAGCCGCUUGUCAGGUGGACGAUGUAAAUAUUUGUUCAUCAAGAUGGAUGCGUUCACGGCCAUUUGAUUGUUUUGAUUUGGCCAAUGUUUUUGUCAUUAAUGCGCCAAAAUUGGGUGAAAAAUGUCUUUAUAUUUCGGAAAAUCGUACCACUGAAUGUGGUGUAAAUCAAGAUUGUAAUACCGAUUUUGGUAUUUGUUUAUGUCGAAAAUCGUAUAUAGCAUCGAAUAAACAAUGUAUCCGCUUGGAACAAGGUGAUGAAUUGUUAGCAUUAGUUGUAAAUGAUGCCAAUAUAACAUCAUCAACAUUUGUUAAUGAUCUGGCUUUAUCACCUGAAGAUUUUGAUGAUGAUGAUGAUGAUGGUGGUGGUGGUCGAUUAAAAUUAUCUAAAUCAACAUUACGUGCAAUGGUCAUAUUUUUAUUGAUUAUUGCCAUUAUUUUAUGCAUUGCAUUGGCCAUUGUCAUUAUAUGGAGAUUCGAUACAUUAUUUCCUUCAUCAUCGCAUCGAUCAUCAUCAUCUUGAUAACACACACACACACACACACACACAUGAUUAAUUUGUCCAUUUUUUUUUCUUUCACUAACCAUUGAUUGUAUUUUAUCUUUUGUUGUUCUGUUUUUUCUAAACUUUGCUUUCACUUAAUCUUAAAUUCUAAGUUAAUCUUUAUAUUUAUUUUCCAUUCCCUCAUCGAUAGUCGACAUUAUCAUCGCUUAUUGAAGAAUGGAACUCGUUCAUCAUCAUCUUCAUGAUGAUGAUGAUGAUGAUGAUGAUUGGAUAACAAUAUCAACGAUGACCGAGAAAUGGAUCCAAAAUGAACGAAAUCUGUGCCCAAAUUAUUGAAUCUUUGACCAUUUUAUUUGAUUUU